GGGAGUUCCCCUCUGUCUCCGAUCCGUCCGUCUGUCUCUCAGAGUGGUGCUCUGUGAGGACAGAUGGAGGCAGACAGGAGGAAGGUGCAUGUGGAUAUCAUAUAAACAUGUCAAACUCGUGUCUGAUGUCCACGAGAGCUGCAGUCGACUGGAGAUGCUAAUAAACCAGUCUGAUCUGGAGAAGAGAAAAAAAGCAGUCGGAGCGCAGGCGGCCAGGGUUACUCCUGCUUUUUGUUUUUUUCUAACUCCUCUGAUCCUCCCACCUUCUCUGUCUGCUGCCACUCUGCUGCUCCUGCUGGCUGGGGAGGAGGAGGAGGAGGAGGAGGAGAAGGAGGAGGAGGAGGAGGAAGAGGGAUGCAGGGAGAGUACACCUUACCUCCCUCCCUUCCUCUCUUUCUUCCUCCCUCUCUCUGUCUCUCCCUCUUCACUCCACAGCGACAGCAGCACCACUCACCAACACACCACAACACACCACUGCUGUCACUGGCACGCUAACACACACAUACACAUUCACACACACACACACACUCACACACACACACACUCACACACACACACACACACACUGAGUGGCAUCCUCAACACAGACCGAGACGCCCUUGGACUGCUGCAGGCGAGGAUGAGGGUGAGGUCAUGGGAACAAUGCAGGGAGACGGGUGUGGUCCUGCUGGGUUUCCUGACGCUGGCGGUGUCUGUGGGGAACCUGUCCACCAGGGGGCUGCAGGAGGACGGUGUGGCCUCCAACAGUCUGGAGGAGGAGCUAGAGGUGACCACGUACUGGUGGGGGGAGUGGGCCAAGUGGACAGCCUGCACUCGUACCUGUGGAGGAGGAGUGAUGUCACAGGAGAGACACUGCCUCAAACAGAGAAAGAAAGUCGCUGCUGGGAAGGACAACAUGACCUGCACAGGAACUGCCAAGAAAUAUCACCUCUGCAACACUAAAGACUGUCCUCCCACAGGGCGGAGCUUCAGAGAGGAGCAGUGCUGGUCCUUCAACUCGCAGCUUUACAAUGGGAGGAACUACCAGUGGAAACCUCUGUAUCCUGACGACUACGUUCACAUCUCCAGUAACCCGUGCGACCUCCACUGCACCACGACGGACGGCCAGAGGCAGCUGAUGGUGACGGCGCGGGAUGGCACUUCCUGCAAGUACAGCAGCUACCGCGGCGUCUGCGUGGACGGUAAGUGCGAGCCAAUCGGAUGUGACGGGGUUCUGUUUUCCUCCAACACCUUGGAUAAGUGCGGCGUGUGUCAGGGCGACGGCAGCAGCUGCAGCAGAGUCACGGGAAACUUCCGCCGCGGCGCCACGACGCUGGGUUACUCUUUCAUCACUCAAAUCCCCGAGGGAUCAUGGGACAUCCAGAUCAUUGAGAGGAAGAAGUCGGCCGAUGUUCUGGCUGUGACCGACCAGGCGGGAAACUUCUUCUUUAACGGCGCCUACAAGGUGGACAGUCCCCAGAACUUCCACGCCGCUGGAACCGUCUUCAAGUACCGCCGGCCCAUGGACGUGUACGAGACCGGGAUCGAGUACAUCGUCGCCAAAGGCCCCAUCGACCAGGCCAUCAAUAUUCUGGUGUGGAACCAGAACGGUCGCACCCCGUACAUCACCUACGAGUACACCGUCCUCCGGGACUCGCUGCCGCCCAUCCCCCCUCCCCCCGUCUACACCGGGUCCGACACCUCAGCCGGUGAAGUGUCCGUGGAGAUGGGGACUCUGCUGUCCCCUAACGGCAGUAUCUACGACCAGGCGGCCCCUCAGGGCCCGCUGGAGCCGGCGGGUGGAGACGGGCAGAAGGGCCAAGAGACCAAUGAGGUGUAUGAGGAGACGGCGGCCAUCGACUGCGACCAGGACGGAGCGGCUGCCCCAAAAUUUACAGAAGGAAACAGCAGUCACACAGGCAGCACGGCCAAACCCCCCCCUGCUGGUGGACCCCUGGAUCCAGGGCCGGACUCCCCGAACCUGAUCUGGAGGGUCCUGCUGGACGGUCGGAUCAGCCCCGACGAGCUGCUCAUCAACAUCUCGACCAAUCAGCUGCUGACGGGGGGAGACGGCUUGUUCUCGUCGGAGCUGGGGCCGGUGGACCUGAGCAGCCUGGAGCGAGACUUCGGCGGGAACGAGACGCUGGAGUACACGCUGGGCCGCAAACGCAACGACAGCGGAGAGACCGUCUACCAGAACAAGACGGUGCAGAGCGGCGGGAGGAGCUCGGGCCGCUCCAACAGAACCAGGGGGAAUCAGAGGCUCUACCAGAAGAACCUGAAACUGAGCGCUGCAGACAUGUAUCGCUGGAAACUUUCGUCUCAGGAGCCCUGCAGCAUGACGUGCUCCAUAGGUGUGUCAAAGUCCUUCGUCUCGUGUGUUCGAUACGACGGCGUGGAGGUGCACGACAUGUACUGCGACGCUCUGACCAGACCGGAGCCCGUCCACGACUUCUGUAUCGGCAGAGAGUGUCAGCCCAGGUGGGAGGCGAGCAGCUGGAGCGAGUGCUCCAGGACCUGCGGGGAGGGGUUCCAGUUUCGUCAGGUGCGCUGUUGGAAGAUGCUCUCUCCGGGCCUGGACAGCUCCGUCUACAGCGACCUCUGCACCAUGGCCGACCUGGAGAGACCCGUGGAGAGACGGGCCUGCAAAAGCCCCGCCUGCGGCCCGCAGUGGGAGGUGGCCGAGUGGACCGAGUGUCCUGCAAAAUGUGGCCGCAAAGCCCAGGUGAGCCGCGACGUCCGCUGCUCCGACGAGACCCGACCGUGUGACCCGAUGACCAAACCACCCAACGUCAAAAACUGCACCGGUCCGCCCUGCGAACGCCACUGGACUGUGUCUGAGUGGGGGCCCUGCUCGGGGUCGUGCGGCCAGGGGAAGAUGCUGCGUCACGUGUACUGCAAGGCUCCGGACGGCCGCGUGGUCCCUGAGAACCAGUGCUCUGCGGAGAACAAGCCGCUGGCCGUCCACCCCUGUGGGGAGAGGGACUGCGCUCCACACUGGCUGAGCCAAGACUGGGAGAGGUGUAACACGACCUGCGGUCGCGGCGUGAAGCGGAGGAUGGUCCUGUGCGUCGGCAUCAGCGGAGGAAAGUUCCAGAUCUUUGAUGACAAAGCGUGCGGAGGCAGCGAGAAGCCAGAGGAUGAAAACACCUGCUUCGAGAGGCCGUGCUUCAAAUGGUACACCACCCCCUGGUCCGAGUGCACGAAGACGUGCGGCGUGGGCGUGAGGAUGAGGGACGUCAAGUGUUACCAGGGCAGAGAGCUGGUCCGAGGCUGCGACCCCCUCACCAAGCCGGUGGCCAAACAGACGUGCACCCUGCAGGCCUGCCCCACUGAGCCGCCAGAUGAGAGCUGCCAGGAUCGUCCCUCCACCAACUGCCUGCUGGCCCUGAAGGUGAACCUGUGCAGCCACUGGUACUACAGCAAGGCCUGCUGCCACUCGUGCCGCGCCGUACGACCUCCACCCUCCUAGUCCAGGACACCGCAGCCUCCUCCCUCCACCCCGACUCUAUAACUCCAGCAUGAGGAAACACAUGGGUACGUUUGUGCUUGUACAGCAGUUACUGUGAAUAAUGAGAGGAAGAUUAAGAGUUGGAAGCGCUUAUUUUUAUUUUUUUCUUAUGAAGAAAAACUUCCUCCACUUGGAUUUAUGUUUCUCCCUUCGUCAGUUGGAAAGUUUAAAAUCUUGAUUUACAGACAAAGACAUUUUCUUGUUGAUGCUUCAUCAACUGCAAAAGAAAUUUUAUUUGGAUUAAACAGAAAAAGAACUGGUGAAGACUGUAAUAUGUUAAACAGCUGAUGAUGAUGAACCAGUCACAGACACACUGUGAUUUCAGGUGGAUAGUUUCUCUGUAAAGACUCUGCACAGCCACACAGGUGUUCAUCACUCUGCACAGGUUCAAACUGCAUGGAUGGAUUCUUACUGAAUUCAAAGCACUGAGGGACGGAGGUUGUGAAACCUCUGAGCAGUGUGUUUGGGACAGUGUGUGUGGACAGGUGAAAACCACCUGACUGGGGAAAGGUGUGGUGUGUCAGAGUGUGUGAAAACACCUGUGAGGGUGUGCGGGGCCUUUACUGAUGUGACCGCAGCGAAAGCCGCGGCGGCGAUGGGACGAAAUGACCUGCAGUAACCUUUCAGCCGGCCACUGUCUGAGCUGACGGGGUGACAUCACUUCGGUCGUAGGACGAAAGAAAGAGAAAGAAAAAUUUAAAAACCAACAUGUAACAAGAAGAAAAACAAAACAAAAAGAUGGCAACGCUUUAUUUUCAGUUUCUAUUUUCAGAGGAAGUUUCCUGGGAAGAACAAACGAUACGAAUUAUAGGAAAAGUAGGAAAAAUAGGAAAAGCUCAAUUUAAACCCAAGUAAAUUUAUUUUCCAGGCCUGUUGUUUCCUAAUAAAGUGUUGAACCAGCUGCUGUUUCCUUCUCAGUCUGGAAAUCAUCUCCUGGUUUCAGUAGGAACCGACCACAGAGCCGCACGUCUCUUCUCCAGCCUCAUGUCAGAAAAAUAACUCACCUGUGUGAUAUGAUGUUUGUGUACGUCUGAGGGCUGAAGGUGGAUUCCACAUUUUAGUACGUUCAUCGAAAACUUCUUCCCAGGAACCUUCUUAGAAAUUGGAAAAUGAUGCAACAAGAGGCGUCACUCCCACGCUCAUUCUCGUCCUUCAGUCUUUCAUGUUACAGUUUCUUUUUUCUUUUUUUUGUUUUCAUCAUAUCUGAACCAUGAACCGGUUUAAACAGUAAACGCUGAUAAUUUAUCACUUGAAUGUUUCAGCUCUGAUAGAAAAUCUUCCUCUAACAACACGUGGAGUUGGAGUCAAACCUCCGUCGUUAGCAGCUCGCUCUCCUUGUGUUCAUCGCUGCAAUGAAAAGGUCUAUUAAAUUAUUUCUCAACUGAAUAUACUGCAUGGCUAGAAUAUUUAAUACAGAUACUGUUUAUGAAAUCUUAUUUAAUUGUGUUCCAAGUUUGGUGUCUGGCAUGGCCCCAACAGGAAGUAAAAAAAAAACAAAAACAAAUGUACAUUUCCAUUCCACCCCCUGUCGUUUGGCGCCGUGCCGGCACGCCUGCAGGCUGUGGAAGCAUAUUUAUUAGUCAUAGCACAUUUUCAUUAAUCGUGACGCUCCUGAUGCCAGCCGAUGGUUACUCAUCGGUUCAACUGAUGCCAGUUCUGGUCUGUGUGUGUGACGGAGGAGGAGGGAGUAGAAACAAACACAGGCAGAAAGAUUCCUGACACUUGAAGUAUGGUUGAAACGUAUUCAGACGUGUACAUGUAUGUCUCAUUUUUAACUAUUGUGUACUGUGUUUUUAUAUAACUGAUACCUCUUUGUACAAAACGUAAGUAUGGAGAUUGUGUACUGUUGAUAAUAAACUGAAAAGCUAAUGGUACUGACUUGUAUUUCAAUUAAAUAACAGUUCAAAUGAA